UUGAACUCAUGAACGUUAAGGAUCUAACCCUAGCACACGUCAAGAGCCAUCUCCAGAUGUAUAGAACAGUGAAGAGCACUGACAGAGAAGGACAAGGAGGGAAUGGUCGAGGUGCUGAAAUGGGGAUGAAUAAUGCUGCUUCUCAGUGGAGUGGAAGAGAGGUGGAAGCAGAAGAAGUGGAGGGAGGAGUACUAUUGCAGGGGCAAUAUGAUCAGAUCAGCACCCAUUGCUAUGCCUUACCAACAACAACACCACCACCACUGUCCAACUCUUCAAGGUUGAUUAUGACCGAAUGAGUGCCAUAGAUAGAU